AUGGCUCCUCCAGUCAAAUCCGCCGACGCGCGACGCAAGUCCAGCACCAAGGCCAGCUUGAUUGUUACUCGCAAGGUGUCGCCCGACAAGCUGCGUGCUCUGCUCGCGCCCGACUCUAUCAAGGAAGAAUCUCCCCCCAAGGACUUGAAAGCCAACACCGACUCAUCUACCGAUGCCGUGUCCGCUUCUGGCUCGCAACCACCAGCCAGCAAUACGAAUGGCGACAAUGCUUCAGACUCCAACGCCGCCACUCCUGUUCCUGACGCAACUCCCGCCGACGGGACACCGGCCCCGUCGGCCAUGGGACCGCCUACCGAUGGAGCGAAGAAGAAGGGCGUCAAGCGAUCUGCCGCUGGCGCCAACGGUACAAUAGAUGGUGUCCCCAAGCCUCGAGGAAAGCCUGGCCCCAAGAAGAAGCCCCGUCUGGAGGACGGAACGAUCGAUCACUCAGGUUCUAAGCCUGCCGGAGGUCACAAGCUUGGGCCCAAAGCGAAUCAAGGAGCUAUCAACGCCGGACUUCGCGCUCUAGAUCGCUCAGGCAAACCCUGUCGCCGAUGGGCCAAGGGAGGGUUCCAACUCAAGAGCUUCACUGGUGUGGCAUGGGAGAUCCCUCGCUGGGUGGCACCUCAAAAGAAGGCUCCCGAAUCCAGCGCUGAGGACUCUACUGCUGCAUCAGCCGAGGGCAGCAGUAAGGAGAAUAAAGAAAACGGCCACGAGAGCAACAGUGCUAGCAAUAGCAAUACUGUUAAUGACGUGGAGAUGCAAAGUGCGCCCAGCAACCACGCCUCGUCGCCGGCACCUCUUGCUAUUGCCGCCGCUUCAUAA